AUGGGCCGGCCAGCACAGUGGCCUCUGAGGCUCUUGGCUUUGCCGGCCAGUGGGCAAAUAGCAGGAAAAUACCUCUUCCAGUCCCCUCUUCGGCUGGCCACUUCAGAAUGGGAAUCCGCAAUAAGAAUUGGAGUGCUAGAUUGUGGUGCUGAAGUAAACUAUGAAGUUUGUAAAGAGUAUGGAAUUCAGUACUAUCCAACUUUCAGGUACUUCAGAGCUUUUUCAACACAGUUCACGACUGGAGAAAACCAGCAUGGUUCAGAUCGGGAACUUCAGAUGGUCCGCCAGUCAAUGAUAGAUUUUUUGCAGAACCAUUCCCAGGAAACAAAACCACCUGCUUGUCCCCCUUUGGAGCCAAUUGGGCCAGAAGACAUGUUUUCUCUGUUUGGUAAACAUGCUCAGCAUUACACAGCUAUUAUCUUCGAGACAGCAAACUCUUAUGUUGGGCGAGAGGUGAUCCUAGACCUGAUUCAGUAUGAAAACAUUGUUGUGAAGCGAAUGCUGAAUUCAGAGACCAGUGUUCUCAAGCAGCUCGGUAUUAUCUCAUUCCCUUCAUCGUAUCUGAUCUAUCCAAAUGGAUCCCAUGGAUUAAUUAACAUUUUGAAGCCUCUCCGGUCUUUCUUUUCUUCCUAUUUAAAGUCACUGCCUGGUGUUAGAAGAAAACUUUCUUCGCAGCUCCCAGUUCCAAUCAGGCAAAACAAAGAAGAAAAUACAGAUCCCAAGGAGUGGAGAGAGUAUGACAAAUCAAAGCUGUAUAUGGCUGACCUUGAGUCCGGGUUGCAUUACCUGCUCAGGGUAGAGCUUGCUACACACAGAACUCUUGAGGGAGCGGCACUAAAGACUUUCAAGGAUUUUGUUACACUCCUUGCCAAGUUAUUUCCUGGCCGUCAGCCUGUGAUAAAGCUGUUGGAAACUUUGCAAAUGUGGCUGGUGAGCCUCCCCUUAGACAGAAUCCCUUAUGAUGCCAUUCUUGAUCUCGUCAACAACAGAAUGCGGAUUUCUGGACCCUUUCUCACCAGCCGCAUCCAGUGGGUUGGCUGCCAGGGCAGUAAGCCAGAGCUCAGGGGCUACCCUUGUUCUUUUUGGAAGCUGUUCCACACAUUAACAGUUCAAGCGGCGGUCCACCCAGAGGCCUUGCAUAAGACAGGUUUAGAAGAGAAUCCUCAGGUGGUCCUGCAGAUGAUGCAGAAAUAUGUCAAGGAUUUUUUCGGGUGCAGGGCUUGUGCGCAGCACUUUGAAGAAAUGGCCCAAGACUCCCUCGAUUCAGUGAAGACAUUGGAGGAGGCUGUGUUGUGGCUCUGGGAGAAGCACAAUGUGGUGAAUGCCAAGUUGGCAGGUGAUUUGAGUGAAGAUCCAAAAUAUCCAAAAGUUCAGUGGCCAACUCCAGAUGUUUGUCCCACGUGCCACGAAGAAAUUAAAGGCUUGCAUACCUGGAACAAAGUCCAAGUGCUGCAGUUUCUGAAGCAUCACUAUGACCGUGACAACAUCUUGUAUGCGUACACAGAAGGCCGUGGAGACCUUAAUGAGAAAGAACUCUGGGAAGACAGAAAGAACGCUUUAGUUAAAAAACAAAGCAGAAGUCAUGAUAACAAAAUCCCAGACCCAGAGAAACUGUUAGAUUCAAAAUUGGGAGUCCUGGAUAGACUGACAGUGCAAGACAUCCCUAAAGCCAGAGGUAGCAAGGCCGCUGUGGAGUCAUUCGCUGAGAAGGAGAUGAAACAGGGUGUAUCAUUCUUGGGGGUUGGAUUCUCUAACGUCGAUAUGAGUCUCUGUGUGGUCCUUUAUGUAGCAUCAUCCUUGUUUUUGAUGGUUGUUUUCUGCUUUUUCCGCAUGAGGUCCAAGCAUUGGAAAGUGAAACAUUACCGUCCUUACGUGUAGAGCUGCAAUUGGGAGUCAAGAGUCAUGCUCUAAAGUGUCUGGCUGUGCCUAGAUGAAGCUUUAAUAUUUAUGAUCAGGGAUUUCUUACUACACAGUAUUUUUGAAAAGGUGUUUUCCCUCCUUACAGUGGGUGUUCAUUUGUUCCAGUGUACCACUCUUGGAUCCCAAACAUCCCUGUAACAAAUAUAUAUAUUUACUUAAGAAACAUUAAAAU